AUGUAUUCACAAAGAUUGAAAUCCUCCCAAACGUACCCAGAUAUUGCGGAUAGCGUUCUAAAGUCAAUUUAUAUACCUGUGAUAUCACAACGAGUGAGAGAUCAAUAUGUCAGACCUGACUCCAUACACAUGUAUAUACCACCAGAGCUCAAUUACGACAGUGACGAGGACAGUAAACUUGAAGCAGCAAGGGAGAAAUUAAAAUCGAAAUACAAAGACAUGCGUAUCGAGAAAGUGACCAGAAGAUUCAAAAAUGCCACUGGGCAGGUCAAGUAUGCUGUGAUUUGGAUGAAUAAUCCCAUUGAAGAGAUGGUGCCAUCAAAGGCAUUACAAGAUCAUAAAGAUUGGGACCUUGUGGAGCAUUUCGAAUAUCAACAGGCGAUUAGAGCCGCAAAAAAAGACAAGAUUUACUAA